CGAUGCGAAGGAAGGGAACAAUUGGUGGGGGCUGCGAUUCUGUAAGAAAGCACUCAAAAGCAGAGCACAAUUCAAAAGAGGACUAGAAAAGGGUGGGUUAGACUGUACUAGCGUUUCAGAGUAGACACAUACCCAAAAGCUAGAAACCUUUGCAUUCUGCUCAGCGUGAUAAAUUCUCAAUUCCCUUUCAAGCAUUUAUAUACUCUUUGAUUGAGUAGUAAUUCCUUAAGAUCAGCAAUAUUUAAGCCACAAUCUUUUUUGGGUCACCGAGUGUUGUGUGUCUGUGUAGAGAGGAGCGAAGGCAAAGGCAAAGGCAUGGAGUUGGGUCAGAUGCAGGGACGGUUGGCUGAGUACACAAGGUCCUUGUAUAUGGAGGGGAUCUUGGAUGCUCAGUUUUUACAGCUUCAGCAACUUCAAGACGAGAGCAACCCAGACUUCGUUGUUGAAGUUGUGUCUCUUUUCUUUGAAGAUUCUGAGAAGCUACUCAAUGAUAUCGCCAGAGCUCUAGAUCAGCAAAGUGUAGAUUUCAAAAGGGUUGAUGCACAUGUUCACCAGUUGAAGGGAAGCAGUGCCAGCGUGGGUGCACAGAGAGUCAAAGAUGCCUGUGUUGCUUUCCGCAACUGCUGUGAGGAACAGAACGUUGAAGGGUGCCUGAGAUGUCUGCAACAAGUAAAACAAGAGCACUACCUUGUGAAGAACAAGCUUGAGACCCUAUUCAGGCUAGAGCAACAGAUUGUGGCAGCAGGUGGGUCAGUUCCUAUGGCAGAAAUGACUUUCUAACGCUACCAAAUUGCUGGGGGCUGCAAAGUAUAAUUGGGGGGUUUGUUGUAGAAUAGCGUUUAUAUCAGUUCAUGUGAACAAGUACUUGAUCUGUUGCUUUCAUGGCUCUCUUUAACUACUGGCCUAAUGCUUGUAUGAAUGAAAAGAGAGCUAGCUUUCCAUCUGGUGCCAUUUCUCAUUAUGAAACUGGGAGAUCAAUUUUGUGUUUCUCUUUAAUUCAAUGUGUUAUCGUUUUUUACUGAA